UGUACCUAUCACGUAUAGUUGUCACGUGGUAGUCUGUAAUAUUCAUUGACAUAUUUUUCUCUUUGAAGCUGCGAGAUUGAUCAUGCGGUGUACUGUGUACGUAGUGUUUACAAUUGGUCUUAGUAUUUUGGCCAACGCCGCUCAAAUUCAUCAACUUCUCCAUGACGGACUCUGUCUUUGUGUGGCUGACUCGGACGUCUAUGCCAGAACCGGACCUGGUCCUCAGUACCUUAUAGCCGGUACACUACAGGUGAACGAGUGUUUCGUCUCCAACGGGGGGUUAUCCCACGAGGGUUUUGAGGACGGACAGUCUUGGUAUGAACUCAAGCAGAUCAAAGGACAGUUUGCCUGGGUAGAUGGCUUCCAUCUACGUGCCAAGAACGCGUCUUACUGUCCGAACACCGGAGCUGUUGUACUCUCAGGUGCACAGAAUAUUCCAACCUGUUUGACACAUGUAGGGUUGUUCCAGGAAGGCGAUAUGGUUCACCAGAGCGGAAAAGUUUGUCGUUGUCAUAACUCACAGUUACUUUGUCCUAACACACUCAUCGGCUAAACGGAAGUGGAAAUAUACUCUCGACUGCUUUAUAUUAAACACAUAAAGUAGAAAAUAAAUGUCUGUGUGUGUU